CACCGCCGCUGGCACCACCGCGCUGGGGUGGGGGGACGGGACCUGGCACCGGGCAUGGCGCCCCGGCCGCACUGGGCGGGAGCGGGGAUGCAGAGGCCCCACGGUGUGCACCGGCUUGGGCAUGGCAUGGGCGCCUCAGCACCCAGCGUGGGCAUCCUGAAUGCAGCACCCCCGGGCACCGGGUGUUGCACCUGCACCCGAUGCCUGCACCCACAGCCAUGCACGGGUGUUACCUUCACCCCAGCACCUGCCCCAUCAGACCUGACCCCGCUGUGCCCUGGCCCUCGUGCACCAGCUGGGUGGCCUGAAGCUCGCUCAUGCGAGGGCUUGGUGGUCUCUGUCCUUGUCAAGUGGCUGGUUUUUGUGGGGCUGUGUCAUGAGUGCAGGUGUGCUGGGGGAGUUGCUGCCUGGGCUUGUUGAAAGGGGGAAGCUGUGCAGUGCUGUGCAGAAAUGGCUGCUGGAAACCAACUUUUCCCAAGGCCGACUGCGCUGGUCAAGCUGGGAGCUGCCCGACCUGCGAGAAGGAAGAGUAAAAGCCAUUAGUGAUUCGGAUGGCGUGAGCUACCCCUGGUACGGAAACACCACAGAAACUGUGACCCUGGUCGGGCCCACUAACAAGAUCUCCAGGUUCUCAGUGAGCAUGAAUGACAAUUUCUACCCCAGCGUGACGUGGGCGGUCCCUGUAAGUAACAGUAACGUGCCGCUGCUGACCAGGAUUAAAAGGGACCAGAGCUUUACUACGUGGCUGGUGGCCAUGAACACCACCACCAAGGAAAAGAUCAUCUUGCAGACUAUAAAGUGGAGGAUGAGAGUGGACAUUGAGGUUGAUCCCAUGCAGCUGCUGGGGCAGCGGGCACGGCUGGUGGGAAGGACUCAGCAGGAGCAGCCCCGGAUCCUCAGCAGGAUGGAGCCCAUCCCACCAAAUGCACUAGUGAAACCCAAUGCCAACGAUGCCCAAGUCCUCAUGUGGAGACCCAAGCGAGGCCAGCCUAUAGUUGUGAUACCUCCCAAGUAGAUCAGCGCCAGGGCGCACAUGUGAGGACUUGGGAGCUGUCAGCCUGCUGCAAACGAAUGGGGUUCCUGGGCAAAGCAGACCUCUUGGGUUCUCCUGCCUUUGUAGCUGUGGUUGGAAAUGCACCUCCUUCUUAGUCAGAAAGAGAGCCUGGCUGGCACGGGCAUAUGGAAGGGGGAUUACUGAGCUGGAGGAUUUCCCAGGAAGCAGAAUCAAGUACUUCUAGGGGCUUGUGGCUGGCAAAGAGGCUGUCUGACCUAAAUGAGUCAUCUUUCCUUGCAGGGCAAUGCAAGGAGCAUGAGUGCGAUCAAACCAUGCUGGCGGCAAAUGUUGCUUUCCACCCAGCUGGAGGUAGAAGCGGAGACCGUGUCUGCUGGACGUGGAGGGCUCCUGUGGUGACCCUUCCCACUGGAUCAUGGGUGUCCCCGCGGUGUCUAUACCUAUGCAUUUGGAUCGAUAAUCGACCCCUGGCCCUGCCCGCUGGGACUGGGCAGGGGGCCCGGGAGUGGAGCGGGAGCUACCAGUGCUGGGUGGUGGGCUGGAGCCUGGUGCUGGCCGGUACCACUGCCUGGGAGGGGUUUUCCGCAGCUGAGGGGAAGUGGGACAUGUUUUGCAUGCGUCUGGGUGUGUUUGGAGUAGUUGUGAGUGUAGGAGAUGCCAUAGCUCUUUUCUGUCUUGGAGUGAGACCUAAGGGCAGGUUAGAUGUCCUUUCGUUUUAAGGUGCACUAGACCUUUGCAGUUCCUCAACCCCCAUCUCCCCCCAAAUCCCGCCGACCCUUCUCUUACAGGAGCAAAAUCGAUUCUCAGCCGAGUGAGAAAUCAGGAGCAGUGCCUGUUCACCCUGCCCAGGUACUCACUGACUGUGUGUGGGGUACCCAAACCAGCUUGGAGAUGCCCUGGGACUCACAGACUUCCACUGCAGGCCCAAGUCCUUUGCAAGAGGUUGGGUGCUUGCUCAUUUUCCAUACAAAUUCUGGCUCAGGUGGAGACUCUCCUCCUUCUCAGCCACCCACAGAGCAGGAUGGCUACUGGCAGGGACGCUGAUGGAGAAGACGGGAUGCCUUGCAGUAACUCCCCAGGCUCUGCAGGGAUGGGGGUUUCCUUUCCAUGGGUUGGAUGCAGGGAGGUGAGCAAACGCUGUGCAAGGCAGGCCUGGCUUUGCCUGGGAAGGAGAGGUGAGCAUGCUGCCUGGGCAUUGCCUCCUGCUGCUGCAGGUGCUUGGAGGGUAACGGGGUUUUAUUUGCCUUUCUCCUUGCUGCCUGGAUGGCUGGCAUCCUCUGGUCCACAGGGUGGUGUGGUGCUGUGGGCUGCAACCUGCAACUCCCAGUACCUUGCCCUCGAGAUGCAGCAGAGGUGUAAGCCAUGGCUGCACUGCUGAUGCCACAGGCGCUCCAUUGCUCCUGGGCAGGUGGUUAUGACUUUCGCUGCUUUCUCUGCUCCGUCCUCUGCCCUGGCAUGAGCCCUAUGGCUCGUCCAGCUCAUGCCCCUGCCUUCAUGCCAUGAGAGGUUUGCACUGCCCUGGGGAUGUGGAUAAUUCCCACUGGGAGGGUUCCAUCUUCUGCCCCACUGCCAGGAGAGCCUGGGGAGGGUCCCUGUGUUUGGCACUUCCAUGCAAAGCCUUUUGUGUGGUAUUAGUAGCGCUGCCCUCAGCACUGCUUUGCUCCCCACCGUGUGGUGGCACAUCUCUGUGGCAUCGCUGUGCACAGCGUGGCAGACCUCCUGCAAAGCUUCAGCCAUGACUUGUGCUUUUCCAGGGCAGGAUGUGCACCCUGGUCCCUACCAGCAAAGGAGCUCCCCAGGCAUCUUAGACCAAAAAUUCCAUGUGAAAUCCCUGUGCUAUUUAUUAUUCUCAGUAGUGUUUGCUGCUGAGUGGAUUCUUUAUUUAUUUUUCCCUUUGGGAGUGUUGCAUUUUGACGCCUUGACGCACAGUUCCCCAUGCUGGGGCCAGUGGUCCUGCUCCUCCUGCUUGGCCUCACUAUGGGCUGGGAACCUGCUGCUUUUGGUGCCUACACCUGGGUUUUGCUGGGGGCUACAGCCUUGCGUUGAGAAACGUUUCGAGGGAGAGGGGGCUCUGAGCCUUGGUUUGCUGUGUUUUCUGGAGCAAAAGUUCCACUGGGAGCUUGCCAAUGUGGGAAGAUAUCCCACUCUUAUGAGACUCUGCCCAUGGUUUUGUUCUGAUAUGGGAUUGAUGGCAGUUUUUGCUGUCACUGAUGUUUUGUUUCUCAAAAAGCAUGUGUGGAGAGGGGUUAGAAACUUUAAAUACAAUUUUCUUUAGUCUUUGUGAGAGGAGAAGGGAUAAGUACCUUUUGGUUGGAAAUAAGGCAGAUGUGUACUGUUGACCCAGUGGGACAGAAAUGUCUCUGGCAGCAUCAGAGCUAAAAAGCCAGUGGAAGAGGUUCCCCAACAAGUGGGAACCCAAAACCCGUGGGGAAGGGCCGGGACUUGGGUGCUGUGUGCGGCCGUCAGCCUGGAGAGCUGCUGUGGCAUCACUGUCGUGCCCACUGGCUGAGAGAGUGGGGAUGCUGGUGAGGGGUGCUGUUGAAUUCAUUGGGAUGUGCUGGAUGGCCAGAGCCUCCACGCAUCAUCUGCUGCCACACUGGGACAGCAGUGGCUGCCAUUUCUGUCCAUGUAUGUCUGCAACGUCCCCAGGGAGGUGCUUGGUGCUGCCUGGUGCUGGUGUCGGGCUCCGUGCCUGGCCAUAGCCCUGUGCCUGAGCUCCCAGGGCUGCCCCAGCCUGCAGGCAGGCUCUGGCUGAGCCCCGGGGCCACGCCUGUGCUCACCCCUUUGGGCUUUUGCUGGCCUUCAGUGCCUGCUCCUUUUCUGAUGGCUGGAUUUGAUGCACUUAACUCUGUUUGAUGCACUUCGCUGGGUUUGAUGUGUGGGUUGUCUACAUGGGCAUUUCCCUGUUAAAAAAGAAAAAAAAAAACCCAAAACAAAACCUUGCAAACAUAGUUUGCAGAAACAUGCAGACAGUUUGCAUGUUCGCAAAAGGUGUGUGUUCCCUUUGGCUGUAGGUGCUGGGUGAGCUCAGUAGCACUCACUGGUGGAGCCCAGGCACAGGGCUCUUGAUGCUCAAGUGAAGGGGAGGAGAGGGAGGGAGGGAGGGAGAGAGGGAGGCAGCAGGGGAGAGCUCCAGUGUGCAAGUCUGGGUUUGGCUCACAUCCCUGUGGCCUGCAGCCAUACUGUUGCGGACCUGGAGCGGGAGCCCCGGCUGCAGAGCCCAUCCCAGGGACGAGUACCCAGACCCCUGGGUUCAGUUGCCCAACCGCACCAUGGGAUGCCUUCCCUACACCCCCCUUUCGCACUAGCACCCCGUUAUCUCAGGGAGGAGCAGGUCAUGGAAAUGCCCACCCGCACGUUCCCCUUGCCCUGAGCCUUGGGGUGCCCGUUCCCCUCCACCCUGUCCUUGGGUCACUUAUUUAUUUAUCUAGCUAUUUACGUAUUUAUUUAUUUAUUUAUUUAUUUAUUUGAGGUUUAAGUUAUUUAUUGUUAUUUAUUGACGGCUGGAAGUUGGGGGGUCAUUUCUGCUGCAUGGUGGGGGCAGCUGGGUCCCCCCCCCCAGCCCCCUGCGUUUUGGGGUGCUGCUGCGUGUUUGGGAGCACCGCUGGGGAGGGAUGAUUGAAGGCCCCCCCACUCCCAUUUCCUUUUGGAGCCAGGUGGAGAAAAGGAAGGGGAAUCGCAUCGGUGCUUGCAGGGAGGACACCCAGUGCCUGUCCUUUUCCUGCAGAAGCUCGAAGCCCAGUGCCCCCUCCCUGGGCAUUGUGCUCCUUCCUGUGCCCAUCUGUAUUCACUGAUCUGGCCUCCUGGCAUUUCUGUGUCGGCUCCUGCUGGAUUUGCUGUUGCCAAUUCCCGGAGAUGGUGAGAAGAGCCAGGAUGCGUGGAUGUCACUAUGGAGAAAAGACCAAACCAGGUAUUCUGCUGCCGCGUGGGGAAAAUUGGAAAGAGAAGAGGAAAGCUGGUUUUGCAGAGUGCCUUAAACACAAAUGACUUUACUGAGUAGGGGGCUUGGACUUCUGUCUCUGGAUGGUAUUACCAACAAAUGUUGCAUUUUACUUCUCUGGGAUUAAAAGAAAACCACUCGAGCUGUACUGGAACCAAA